UAAAGAGUAAAACACUGUUAAUUCAGAUUCUGUCGUCGUGAGGUGAACGUCGAAGCUGAACCUGCUCAUAUAAAUGGAAUAAAACUUAACAGAAGGCUUUAGUUAUAAGCCGCGCUCAGAGCUGGACAGACGUUUACAUAUAUAUUUAGCACAAACGAUUUAAACUCGGACGCUCAUCUAAUCAUUCGCUUUUAUACGCACCGACAGAGAGGUUACUACAGUUCAAAAUGCCUGUUGAUAUUAAAAAUGUAUUGAUCUGUGAUGCGGUAGAUAAAGCUUGUGUGGAAUUGCUACAAAAUAAUGGCAUAAAUGUGGACACAAAACUAAAAUUACCCGUUAGCGAACUAUGCGCUGUGGUGAAAAAUUACAAUGCGGUCAUUGUACGCUCGGACACCAAGAUAACAGCUGAAGUUAUCAAGGCAGGUACCGCAGACGGUGGACAGUUGAAGGCGGUGGGACGCGCUGGCGCAGGAGUCGACAAUAUUGAUGUGGCUGCAGCUACAAGCCAUGGUGUGGUUGUAUUAAAUACACCAGGAGGAAAUUCCAUUUCAGCUUGUGAGCUGACUUGUCUGCUAAUUGGCGCUUUGGCGCGACCAAUUGUGCCGGCAGCACAAAGCUUGAAGGAGGGUCGUUGGGAUCGCAAGUUGUACAGUGGCACGGAAUUGUAUGGCAAAACGCUGGCGAUCAUCGGUUUAGGACGCAUUGGACGCGAAGUUGCCAUACGCAUGAAGACAUGGGGUAUGCGUACGAUUGGCUACGAUCCGAUAACAACCGAAGAAGAGGCACGCGCAGCAGGCAUUGAAAAAAUGGAAUUGGAUAGCAUUUGGCCCUUAGCCGAUUAUAUCACCGUACACACACCACUAAUACCGCAGACUAGGAAUUUGAUUUCGACUCAAACGCUGGCGAAGUGUAAGCGUGGCGUUAAGGUGGUGAAUGUGGCACGCGGUGGUAUUAUUGACGAGCAAGCCGUUUUAGAUGCAUUCGAAACUGGCAUUUGCGGUGGCGCCGCCUUUGAUGUGUUCCCUGAAGAGCCGCCAAAGUCGGAGGUGACCAAAGCGUUGAUCGCGCAUCCGAAAGUGGUAGCGACGCCACAUUUGGGCGCCAGCACAGCUGAGGCACAGGUGCGUGUGGCAGUCGAAGUUGCUGAGCAAUUCAUUGCAUUGACCGGAAAGUCACCGAAGUACACAACAUAUCCUGGUGUCAUAAAUAAAGAUGUAUUGAAAGCUAAUUAAGAGUAUCAAAUAAAUUUGUAUUUAAUCUUGCCAUCAAA